AUGGGCAAGAACGACAUAGAGCUGCUGGAAUUGUUGUACAAGCCUGGUUCAAAUGUUGUGAUGGGCGCGAGUGCUCAGAUUGCCUCGAAGAACCUUGCUACUUACUUCGAGGUCGAGACGAGAUUGGUGCCUGUUUUGGAAGAAACUAACUAUUGCCUUGACCCAAGACAUGCCAUGGAAUAUAUAAUCACUGGUGUUAGCCCUGGUCAUCAUGAGAUUUGUUUGAUGGUCGAUGCAGAUACUCAAGUCUUCCCAGAUUCAGUUUCUCGUAUGGCAGCUUGCAUGGUCAGAGAUUCUGAAAUCAUGCGCUCAUGUGGAGAAACCAAAUGCAAAGAAAGGUGA